AAAUAUUAUUUAUCUUCUUCGUAACGGAAAUAUGGCUAAAACUUCAUCUGUAUUCUUUGCGGGCCUUCUAUUCUUUUUUGUUAUAGCUAUAUCAGAAAUAGAGGCAGGAGGUGCUCCAAAACUAUGCGAAAAGAACAGUCAAACAUAUACGGGAAAAUGUGACAACAAAGCGUGUGACAAAAAAUGUAUACAAUGGGAGAAAGCGAUGCAUGGCGUGUGUCACUUGCGAGAAGCCAAAGUCGGUUGUUACUGCUACUAUGACUGCACUAAGGCCCCUCCUGCUUCGAAGCCAGCUCCUCCAGAAGCAGCUAUACCGCCUCCACUAUCUCCGCCAUCUCCUGACGGAGCUGGUGGGGGUGCAGGCGGCGGAGCUGGUGGAGGUGCCGGAAGUGGUGCUGGUGGUGGUGCCGAUGGUGGAGCCGGAGGUGGUGGUGGUGGAGGGGGUGGAGAUGGCGGUGGUGGAGCCGAUGGUGGAUCGCCACCUUCGCCUACACCCAAUGGCCCGUGCCAUUGCCCGUGUAUGAAGAAUGCUAAAUAG